AGCCGGUGGAGUGACUGUCGGCAUGGAGGCAGGAUCGGUUACAUCGUCUGUGUUUGCCCAAAUCAAAAUCCACUGUGCGAACAAAAUUAACUAAAACGCUCCUUGCUUCGGUUCCCCUCUGUCACGAAUUGAAUGCCGAAAAGCGACGUUUCUCUACACAGUACGAAGCUUCUCCUUGCCUCCUCUCCCAACGGAAACCCUCGCGCUUGUCUCUCGAAUCUUUGGCGCUCGUAUUUAAGGUUUUCCUAGCGAAAAGAUUCGGUCGGAGAGGCAAUGGAGAGCAAGAAAAAGAUGAAAGAGGUAAUUCGAUUGGAGCGGGAGUCGGUAAUUCCGGUUCUCAAGCCGAGGCUGAUCAUGACCUUGGCCAACCUCAUUGAACAUAGUUCUGACCGGCAAGAAUUUUUAAAGCUUUGCAAGAGAAUUGAGUACACAGUUCGUGCUUGGUAUCUUCUACAGUUUGAGGAUCUGAUGCAAUUGUACUCCCUCUUUGAUCCUGUCCAUGGGGCACAGAAAUUGAAGCAGCAAGACCUAUCUCCGGGAGAGAUUGACAACCUUGAAGAAAAAUUUUUGACGUACUUAUUUCAGGUAAUGGAUAAGAGCAAUUUCAAGAUAGCAACUGACGAAGAGAUUGAUGUUGCUCAUUCUGGGCAGUAUCUUCUAAACCUUCCUAUAACAGUUGAUGAGUCUAAGAUUGAUAAGAACCUGCUGAAGAGGUAUUUUGCAGAGCAUCCUCGAGAGAAUCUUCCAGACUUUGCUGAUAAGGUAUUACCUUAAAUGUAUUUUAAAACAAUUAGCAGUUGGUCUAUAGCCCUUAAUAUAAUGGGG